UGAAUUCAUACAUUACCUACAUACAUAAACACAUUAACUCUUGUUUGCCAAUUUACUAUUACUAUAAUUCAACUAACCAAUCAUCAGCAGAACAAUGGCGAUCAUGUCGAAGACACAAACAAUCACUUUCAUGAUGCUAACAACAACGUUGCUCAUGAUGAUCAGUUUUUCGACAAAAUCAAACGCUCUAAGUCUAAUCCCAUACAACAGACCACUAUGGGACAUGAUGAUUCCAUCCGAAGACCCGUUCAAGAUCCUCGAACAAAACCCACUCAAUACCCUCGAAGCCAUCAACCUGGCACGUGCCGACUGGAAAGAAACCUCAACUCAUCACGUGAUCUCUCUGGAUGUGCCCGGAAUGAAGAGAGCGGAUAUAAAGAUCGAGGUGGAGGAGAACCGGGUGCUGAAAGUGAGCGGAGAGAGGAAGGCGGAGGAGGAGGAGGAAGGAGAAGGAUACAAGUGGCACAGGGCGGAGAGGACAAGUGGCAAGUUCUGGAGGCAGUUCCGGUUGCCAGGGAAUGCUGACGUGGAUAAUAUAAUGGCGCGUCUUGAAGAUGGUGUGUUGAAGAUUAAGGUGCCGAAGUUGGAUGAGGUGAAGAAACAGUCUAAGAUUAUUGACAUCAUGUCACAUGAUGAGCUCCGGCGGUGAAGACAUUAUUGUUGACUUCAUGUACAUGCUGGAGUUUAUGUUUAUCUCAUGAUGUUAUGACGUAUGUGUUCCGAUUGUCUAUGUUGCAUUGGAGAACGAUAAUACAUAAAAAUAUGCGAUUAUGAUUGUAAAUCAUCCUUGAAUUUUAAUCAUAAAAUAUUAUUUAAUAAACAUUAUACAAUCACAAA